CUCUUACAAGGAGUGUUACGUUCCCCUGUCCAACCGAUGCGGGAUCUCACAAUUCACCCCCCUUGGGCCCCAUCGUCCUAGCAACACACCGACAGCAGCAGUAGCCUUCCUCUGUGAACUCCUCCAUGAGGCAACAAUCCCUUUCUCUAGCAUCAUCUUUACUCAUACUCAUAUACUUCCACUCUAUUGCUGCUGAUCUGAACUCAGACAAGCAAGCUCUUCUCGACUUCAUUUCGACCGUUCGGCACGGUCGAAAACUCAACUGGGAUUCUUCUACCUCAGUCUGCACUACAUGGAUUGGCAUCACUUGCACCUCAGACCGUUCAAACGUGCUCGCUCUUAGGCUGCCUGCCGUUGGUCUAUACGGUCCGAUCCCCGCCAAUACACUCGGAAAGUUACACGCUCUUGGAACUCUGAGUCUUCGAUCUAACAAUCUUUUCGGAAACGUUCCAUCAGAUGUUCUAGCCCUCCCCUCCUUAAAGUUUAUGUAUCUUCAACACAAUAACUUUUCAGGUAAAAUUCCUUCUUCCCUGUCUCCUAGCCUUACCUUCCUGGACCUGUCUUUCAACGAUCUCUCUGGGGACAUCCCGACGUCGAUACGAACCUUAACGCACUUCAUUAGCCUCAACCUUCAAAACAACUCCCUAACUGGAUCCAUUCCUGAUAUUGGUCAGCUAAAGCUUAAGCUAUUGAACUUGAGCUACAACCAUCUUAGUGGUCCUAUUCCUGGUUCUUUGCAAUCAUUUCCUGCUUCAUCCUUUGAAGGGAACUUAAAGCUAUGUGGCUCUCCUCUGAAAACUUGCUCGGUUAAUAUCGCCCCCGUACCGUCGUCGUCUCCUCCCGAGAGGGAAAGGAGCAUAAAUAUCGGAGCGAUCGUUGCCAUUGGAUUAGGUGGUUCUGCAGUGCUGUUCCUCCUUGUGUUGAUGAUUAUUGUCUGUUGUAUGAAGAAAAAAGAUGGUGAAGGUAGUACUGAUGCAAUGAAAGGAGCUCGUAAAAGAACCAAGCAACCGAAGGAGGAUUUCGGAAGCGGGAUACAAGAGGCCGAGAAGAAUAGGCUGGUUUUCUUUGAAGGAUGUUCGUAUAAUUUUGAUCUCGACGACUUGUUAAGAGCCUCGGCCGAGGUGCUCGGAAAAGGUAGUUAUGGGACUACUUACAAGGCAAUCUUGGAGGAAGGAACAACAGUUGUAGUAAAGAGGUUGAAAGAAAUGGUAGCUGGGAAAAAGGAAUUUGAUCAACAAAUGGAGAUUGUUGGGAGGAUAGGCCAGCAUCGAAACGUCGUACCGCUCCGUGCCUAUUACUAUUCGAAAGACGAGAAGCUUUUAGUUUACGAUUAUGCCAUCGUUGGAAGCUUUUCGACAUUACUCCAUGGAACCCGAGAAGGCGGUCGGGUGCCACCGGAUUGGGAAACGAGACUGAAGGUUUCAUUAGGGAGUGCCAAAGGCCUUGCACAUAUUCAUUCAAAGUUCAUCCAUGGAAACAUAAAGUCCUCUAACAUCCUUCUCACACAAGACCUUAAUGGUUGUAUAUCCGAUUUUGGGCUGACUCAUUUGAUGAACUCCGCUGCCGUUCCGUCUAGAAGCAUAGGGUAUCGAGCUCCCGAGGUGAUCGAGACUCGAAAGUUGACUCAAAAGUCUGAUGUUUAUAGCUUUGGAGUUGUUUUGCUUGAGAUGUUGACUAGGAAAGCUCCAGCCCAAUCGCCAGGGCGUGACGAGGUCAUGGACCUUCCUAGAUGGGUGCAAUCUGUGGUUAGAGAGGAAUGGACAUCAGAGGUGUUUGAUGUAGAGCUAAUGAAGUAUGAGAACAUUGAAGAAGAGUUGGUUCAAAUGCUUCAAAUAGCAAUGGCAUGUGUGUCUCGAGUGUCUGAUAUGAGACCAACGAUGGAGGAAGUCGUAAGGAUGAUCGAGGAUAUUCGACCAUCUAGCUCGGGAACUCGACCAUCAUUAGAAGAUAACAAAACCGGAGACGGGAACGGAGACAGGGACAAUGACUCGAAUACUCCGACCUUGUAAUUGCUCUUAUCUCAUUCAUUCUAAUCAUAUGAAUCAAAGUUGUAUCCAUUGUGUAAGGUAAUCAAACCAUGCUGCUAUCGUGUUA